AUGCAAUUAACCCAGUUAAUCAAUUCCAAGUUCGUCGAAACGCAAGUGAAAAUAUUGGAUUACGUAGUAUGGUUUAGUCUCAACUCGGUCUUCAUUCGAGCCAACGUAAUGGGUAACUCAGGUCUAAAACAACACAUAGAAACGGCCCAAAAAACCGGAGUAUUGAAGGUUUCCCAAGGGAAAUUGAACGAGUUCCCGCCGGGUUUCAAGCAACUGGAGGGCUGUCUUCGAACCCUAGACAUAUCGGACAACAAAUUCGUAGUACUACCAAACGAAAUAAGUAGGUUUAUGCAACUUAGGCACUUGAAUUUAAGCAAAAACAGGCUAGCCAAAAUACCGGAUUGCAUAGGGGCGCUAACGAAACUCGAAACGUUCAACGCCGGUCAAAAUAAUUUAGUAUCGUUACCCAGAACCAUAUCAAAUUUAAUUCAUUUAAAGCAGGUUAAUUUAAGCAGUAAUCACAUCAAAGAAUUCCCUCUGAUGUUCUGCGGUUUAAAACACCUGGACGUGCUGGAUUUGAGUAAAAACGAGAUCACUUCUGUACCGGCUGAGGUGAGCAGUUUAAAUGUAACCGAAUUGAAUCUGAAUCAGAAUCAAAUCGCACAAAUAUCAGGGCAAAUAGCUGAGUGUCCGCGAUUGAAAACGCUCAGAUUAGAGGAGAACUGCCUGCAAUUGUGCGCUAUCACGCCGAAAAUGCUGGGAGAAUCGAAAAUAUCGAAUUUAUCGCUCGAGGGUAAUUUGUUUGAAACGAAACAGCUGUCCGAUAUCAAUGGAUACGAUGCUUACAUGGAACGAUUUACGGCUGUUAAAAAGAAGCUUUUUUAAACGGUUUUUGAGUUAUUUUAUUUAUUUUUUCCGCUAUUGGAAUUAUUAGAGUUUUUACCAGCACAGCAGAAAGUGGCAAACAUUAAUUCAAUUCAGAUCAUUUGAGUAUUAACUAUAAUUUUAUGUUAUUUGAAUCGAUUAUUUAUUUUUAUUUUAUUUAGUUUAAGUGUAUCACGCUCAAGUAAGAAAAUAAUGAUGUGGUUAUUCAUUACAAAUGAGUUUAAACGUAUAAAAGGUAUGCAUUAACGAUGUUAGAAAUUAAGACUUAAAUUCUGUAGAAUGAAGCAUAUUAUCUGUAUCUGAACUAUAUUUAUUCUGUUCUGUUCUGUUGAUUUUUUAUAUAUUCUAUCAAGGAAUAUCUUCUUUUUAAUAACUAAAAUAAAAUGCAUUAUUUAUUUAUAAAAGUACACUUUUAUUCUAAAUGAUAAUGCAUAAUUAUACAAGCAAAUAACGAAACACCAAUAAUUAAUUACUUACUGUAUAGUAUUUUAAAUAGGACGUAUUUCACUUUGCCAAAGUCUUUUUUUU